CUAGUCGCUCCCGCAUAUUCCCCACCCGCCUUCCUCUUCCGUCGCGGUGAAGACGACGGCGACAGUUAGCCGGCCGGCCAGCCAGCCAGCCAUGCUUGGUCUCAGAGCCACCAGGGCCGCGCGCCUCCCAUGCCCCUACCCCACCCCGUGCUCCGCCGCCUCCCUCUCCGGGCUCGCGCGCCGCGCCCCGCUCCUCGCCGUCGCCAGCCCCGCGCCGUCGUCGCCCGCCGCCCUCUCGCUCCUCGCGUCCGCGCGGCCCGUCUCCGCGGCGUGGGGCUCGGCCAUGCGCCCCGCCGGCGAACACCCCAGGCCCGGCACCAGGGUUCUCUGCACCGCUGCCAGUAGUAGUGCUCCGAGGGAGGGGAAGGAGGUGCUGGUCCAGCACCUGCUUGUCGGCGAAAAGGACGCCAGGCUUCUGGUAGAUUUGGAGAAGAGCAUCGCAUCAGGGGCGGACUUGAGUGAUUUAGCCGUGGAGCACUCCUUAUGUCCAUCAAAAGAGAAUGGCGGUAUGCUUGGGUGGGUUCGGAGGGGACAGAUGGUACCAGAGUUUGAAGAAGCAGCAUUCAGUGCUCCUUUGAAUAAAGUUGUACGGUGUAAGACAAAAUUUGGAUGGCAUUUAGUGCAGGUGCUCUCUGAGAGGGACCAAUGCUUGCUGCAAGAUAUUCAACCAGAGGAGCUUCACGAAAAAAUGCAAGAUCCUAGUUUUAUUGAAGAAUCUCAAUUGAUUGAUGUGCGGGAGCCUGAUGAAGUGGAGAGAGCAUCCCUUCCAGGCUUCAAAGUUCUACCUCUCCGCCAAUUUGGGACCUGGGGACCAGUCAUGACGGAUGAAUUUAAUCCUCAAAAGGACACUUAUGUUCUGUGUCACCAUGGCAUGCGCUCGAUGCAGGUAGCCAAGUGGCUGCAGUCACAGGGGUUCCAAAAAAUUUACAACGUCGCGGGUGGAAUCCACGCGUACUCGGUGAAAGUCGAUUCUUCCAUCCCGACCUACUAGGCAUCUUAAUGAUCAGCGUUCCAACUUCAGAGGCUUCUCUGCAUGCUUUACCAUGCGGAGCUAAAAUUACGCUGGGCGCCUAUUAGUAGAAUUUGGCAUUGGUUUUGUGUCGAUGCCGGGGUUCAGAGCUAAAAUUUUAUUCUCACGCCAAGACUCGUAUCAAGAGUUGUUUUUUAGAGGCUGUAUACCGAACUACUGUCGAUCAUAUCAAUAUGAAUAGAAAUGAUUUUUUGUUUGUGUUG